AUGCGAUUUGAUGGAAGUACUCCAUUUGAUCAAAGACAAUCCUGUAUCGAUAAGAUUAACGAUAAUACUAACAAUAUUACAGUUCUACUUAUUUCAACACUUGCCGGUUGUGAAGGUAUUAAUUUAAUGGGAGCAAAUAGAGUUGCACUCAUUGAUGUAAAUUGGAACCCUUCUCAUGAUAGUGAGGCUGUUUGUAGAGUGUUUAGAAUAGGUCAAUUAAAACCAGUAUAUAUCUACAGAUUCAUUUGUGAGAAUACUAUGGAAGAUCUAGUACUAAAAAGACAAUUACAAAAAGAAAACCUUUCUAACUGGAUUGUGGAUAAUGGUAGUUCAUCAAUAGACGCGUAUGAUACCAAAAAUUUAUUGAUUUUACCAACAGAGGAUAUUUCAAAGGAAGAACCAGAAAUAGAUUCUCUAAUCACUGAUCCUCUCAUUUUGGAUAUUAUUAAAGAAAAUACCAAGUGGAUCAAACGAGCAGAUUUUAGAGAUCAAUUAUUACGAGAUGAUCCUCUCAAUAUUCUUACUGAGGAAGAAAAACAGUUGGCUCAUAGCGAAAAUGAAUUUGAAUCUGUUUAUGGAGCUAAAAGAAAUUAUGAUAGGAAAAAAGCAGAUUCAACUCAAGAACAGAAAGCCAAAGCAACUACUGUCCCAACGAUACCUAAGAGGCCAGAAGAGCCAAUUAAUACCAAUUAUCUCAAAGAUCAGGAAUCGCUUUGGUUGAGAAGACAACAAAUAAUAGUGGACAAGGAAACUAUAUUGACCAUUAGACUUCCGGAAAAAGUUUUGCUAAAAGUCGACUUUUUUAAGGUACUUUCACGCUAA